AUGUCGCAAGAGAUUGCUGAGAAAGUUGACAAGCUGUCCAUUGGAUCUGAGGACAAGAAGCAAGCGCCAAAGGCGCAAGGCGCUGGCGGUGCUCCUUCUGGCGGAGCGCCAAAGAAGGAGAAGAAGAACAAGAAGGAUAAGAACGCUGGUGCGGUAUCCAGCGCCAUCUACUUGGACCCACAGCCUGAGUUCAUUGACGAGAGAAUCCAGCUGUUUGAGAAGUUGAAAGGCGAGUACGACACGUUUGUUGCUUCUCAGCCACGUUCCGCCAUUAAGAUUACGCUUAAGGACGGCAGCGUCAAGGAAGGUGUUGCAUGGGAGACAUCUCCAUUUGAGAUUGCAAAGGAGAUCGGCAAGUCGUUCUUGGAGAGACAGUGUAUCUCCAAGGUGAACGGUGAGCUUUGGGACUUGGAGAGACCAUUGGAAGGUGACGCGCAGCUGGAGUUCUUUGACUUUGAGACUGAAGAGGGCCGCCGUGUGUUCUGGCACUCUUCUGCGCAUGUGUUGGGUGAGGCGUGUGAGUGUAACUUGGGUGCGCACAUCUGUUUGGGACCUCCAACCGAUGAUGGUUUCUUCUACGAGUUCUCCGUCAAGGGAGGUGAGGUUGCUGUUUCGCAGGCUGAUUUCCCAAACUUGGAGGCUGUUGCCAAGAACGCUGUGAAGCAAAAGCAGAAAUUCGAGAGAUUGGUUAUGAGUAAGGAAGAUCUUCUCAAGAUGUUUGCAUACUCAAAGUACAAGACCUACUUGGUGCAGACAAAGGUGCCGGACGGUGGCUCCACCACUGUUUAUAGAUGUGGUCCGCUCAUUGAUUUGUGUGUUGGUCCUCAUAUUCCAAACACCGGUCGUAUCAAAAACUUUAAACUGUUGAAGAACUCCUCUUGUUACUUCUUGGGUGAUGCUACAAACGAUUCCUUGCAAAGAAUCUACGGUAUAUCCUUCCCAGAGAAGAAGCAAAUGGAGGAACAUCUCAAGUUCUUGCAAGAAGCUGCCAACAGAGAUCAUCGUAAGAUCGGUAGAGAGCAAGAGUUGUUCUAUUUCAACGAGAUGUCACCAGGUUCUUGUUUCUGGCUACCACACGGUACCAGAAUCUACAACACUUUGGUAGACUUGUUGAGAACAGAGUACCGUAAGCGUGGUUAUGACGAAGUCAUCACUCCAAACAUGUACAACGCUAAGUUGUGGGAAACCUCUGGUCACUGGGCUAACUACCAGGAAAACAUGUUUACAUUCGACGUUGAAAAGGAAAAGUUUGGUUUGAAGCCAAUGAACUGUCCAGGUCACUGUCUCAUGUUCAAGUCUCGUGAACGUUCUUACAGAGAACUACCAUGGAGAGUUGCUGACUUUGGUGUCAUCCACAGAAACGAGUUCUCCGGUGCGCUCUCUGGUUUGACCAGAGUUAGAAGAUUCCAGCAAGAUGAUGCCCACAUCUUCUGUACUCAUGAUCAAAUUGAAGAUGAAAUUCACUCCAUCUUUGAUUUCUUGAGAUACGUCUAUGGUGUUUUCGGUUUCGAAUUCAAGAUGGAACUCUCUACAAGACCAGAGAAGUACGUUGGUGAAAUUGAAACAUGGAACAACGCCGAGGCUAAGUUGGAAUCUGCCCUGAACAAAUGGGGUGGUAAAUGGGAAGUUAACCCAGGUGAUGGUGCCUUCUACGGUCCAAAGAUUGACAUUAUGAUCUCUGAUGCCUUGAAGAGAUGGCACCAAUGUGCCACCAUUCAGUUGGAUUUCCAAUUGCCUGACAGAUUUGCCUUGGAAUACCGUACAAAGGAUGUUGCCUCUGAAGACACGAAAGAUACUGAUAGACCAGUUAUGAUCCACAGAGCCAUCUUGGGUUCCGUUGAGAGAAUGACUGCUAUCUUGACCGAGCACUUUGCUGGUAAGUGGCCAUUCUGGUUGUCUCCAAGACAAGUUCUCGUGGUUCCAGUUGGUGUCAAGUUCUUUGACUACGCCCAAGAAGUUGGUGCUAAGUUGAAAGCUGAAGGCUUCUACGCUGAUGUUGAUUUGACCGGUAACACCUUGCAGAAGAAGAUUAGAACUGGUCAGUUGCAAAAGUACAACUUCAUCUUCAUCGUUGGUGACCAAGAAGAACAAUCCAAGUCUGUGAACGUUAGAAACAGAGAUAUCACUGAUUUGCAAACCAAGAACGAUGCCGUUCCAUUGGAGACGGUCAUUCCACAAUUGAAGGAAUUGAAGGAGUCCAAGAGAUGCGACAACGCAUUGAUUUGAUUCUCAUAGAGACUUAUUCUUUAUAUAAUUCAAUAAUUAACAACAUUUACACUUUGAAUAGUACAGAGCUUCUAUAGCUACGG